AUGGUGUGGGCGACGAUUUUGAAAUCUGGAGAUUGGGGGAAAAUGGCGCAAUGGAUUGAGGGCUUCAGAAAUCAAAUGAACGUUGAAGGAGCAAACCCAACAACUAUGUUGGGCAUGGCUAGCGCAGUGCAAACUGUGUGUGGGCAAGCGUACGGAGCCAAGCAAUACUCAGCAAUGGGAAUCAUUUGCCAAAGAGCAAUAAUCUUGCACUUGGCAGCUGCAAUUCUCUUAACAUUCGUCUAUUGGUUCUCAGGCCCAAUUCUGAUCUUAAUGGGCCAAUCAGAAAGCAUUGCAGAUCAGGGCCAAAUCUUUGCUCGUGGUUUGAUCCUCCAACUCUAUGCAUUUGCCAUAAGCUGCCCAAUGCAGAGGUUCCUUCAAGCCCAGAACAUAGUAAACCCUUUGGCAAUGAUGUCUGUUGGGGUUUUUCUUGUCCACGUGCUUCUCACGUGGCUGGUUGUUUAUGUCUUGGAAUAUGCUCUUCUUGGUGCAGCUCUUACACUUGGCUUCUCUUGGUGGCUUCUUGUCAUUAUGAAUGGGCUUUACAUUCUUUUUAGCCCAAAUUGUAAGGAGACUUGGACUGGCUUCUCCUGGAAAGCCUUUGGGGGAAUCUGGCCUUAUUUCAAGUUGACUCUUGCUUCUGCUGUCAUGUUGUGUUUGGAGAUAUGGUACAACCAGAGACUGGUUCUUAUAUCAGGACUCAUUACCAACCCCACAAUCUCGUUGGACUCCAUUUCCAUUUGCAUGAAUUACUUGAACUGGGACAUGCAAUUUAUGUUAGGCCUAAGCACAGCAGCCAGUGUCCGAGUAAGUAAUGAGUUGGGUGCAGGGCAUCCAAGAGUGGCAAAGUUCUCUGUAUUUGUAGUGAAUGGAACAAGCAUCCUUAUUAGUAUUGUCUUUAGUGCAAUUGUUUUGAUAUUUAAAGUUGGAUUAAGCAUGCUUUUCACAAGCGACUCUGAGGUUAUUGAGGCAGUUUCUGAGUUGACCCCAUUGCUUGCCAUCUCUGUUUUCUUGAAUGGCGUCCAACCUAUACUUUCAGGUGUGGCCAUUGGAAGUGGAUGGCAAGCUGUAGUGGCAUAUGUUAACCUCGCUGCAUACUAUAUUAUUGGUCUUCCAAUUGGGUGUGUUCUUGGGUUCAAAAGUAGUCUUGGAGUAGCAGGUAUUUGGUGGGGAAUGAUUAUUGGAGUUCUUUUACAAACACUGACUCUAAUCAUUCUCACUGCCAAAACAAAUUGGAAUGCUGAGGUUGCAAAAGCCGCUCAUCGGUUAAGGACGUCCACAAAUGAUGAAAACCCGGAACUGAUUAACAGCGCCUGA